AUUAUUAUUAUUUUACAUGGAGGUUUGAACUACCACGAUCAAUGCUAUGAAAUUCUGGCAGUUGUACUUUGGCAAGGCACGAACACUCUUUGGCAAAGAAGGCAUAACGCCUUCUAAAAUUACAACUUCCCAUGAGUUUGAGCUGUUAGGAGGCCUGAGUAUUGAAUUUACUAUACAGAACUAUGCCCCCUCCUGUAGUUAAGCAAACCAACAUACUUUACUUAUUGUUUUAAGGAUGUCCUUUCUGUUUCUGCUAUUGGCUCAUGCAAUGUCGUUUUCUUUUUUAUCCCUUUCAGUCUCAGUCCUAUGCCCAGUUUUUGCUGGAAUAACCUCAACGUUGAGGGGAUGAACUGGUCCUCAUACCGAGAACUCUUGAGUGGCGUGAACAAGUACUCCACCGUUGUGGGCCGCGUGUGGCUGACGGUAGUCUUCGUCUUCCGUUUCCUUGUCUAUGUGGUGGCAGCUGAAGACGUCUGGUCUGAAGACCAACAGGACUUUGUGUGUAACACGGGUCAACUUGGCUGCACCAAGAGCUGCUACAACCAGUUCUUCCCCAUCUCUCACAUCCGUCUCUGGGCCCUCCAGCUUAUCCUUGUGACCUGCCCUUCUCUUCUCGUUCUCCUGCACGUGGCCUACCGGGAAGCCCGACAGCAGAAGCACAUUGAGGAAGCUGGAAAACGCUGCCGUUCUCUCUACUCCAACUUCAGCAAGAGUCACGGAGGUCUUUGGUGGACCUACUUCCUCAGCAUCCUUGUCAAGGUGGCCGUAGACCUCACCUUCCUCUACAUCUUCCACUGCCUCUACCCAAACUUCAAGCUGCCCACAAUGGUGACCUGUGAUGCCUUCCCCUGUCCCAAUGUAGUCACCUGCUUCAUUUCCAAGACAACAGAAAAGAAUAUCUUCUCAUACUUCAUGGCAGCUAUUGCCAUGCUCUGUGUCAUUCUCAACAUCUGCGAGGUGGGCUAUGUAGUAGUCAAGAAAUGCACCAAGAUUUCAGUCUCCAAGAAGCCAGUGGACGUUUUUGAAACAGACACUCACAUCUCCUUUUAGUUAACCCAGGAGAUAAAAGAGAUACCGUAUAUACUUGAGUAUAAGCCAACCCAAAUAUAAGCCGAGGCACUUAAUUUUACCACAAAAAACCUGGGAAAACAUUGACUCCAGUAUAAGCUGAGAUACCAAUAAAAUUACCGUAUAUACUCGAGCAUAAGCCGACCCGAAUAUAAGCCGAGGCACCUAAUUUUACCACAAAAAAACUGGGAAAACGUUGACUCCAGUAUAAGCCGAGAUACCAAUAAAAUUAUCAUAUAUACUUGAGUAUAAGCCAACCCGAAUAUAAGCUGAGGCACCUAAUUUUACCACAAAAAAACCCGGGAAAACAUUGACUCCAGUAUAAGCCAAGAUACUAAUAAAAUUACCGUAUAUACUCGAGCAUAAGCCGACCCGAAUAUAAGCCAAGGCACCUAAUUUUACCACAAAAAACUGGGAAAACAUUGACUCCAGUAUAAGCCAAGAUACCAAUAAAAUUACCAUAUAUACUUGAGUAUAAGCCGACCCGAAUAUAAACC